AUGCUUCUGUCUAGUCCCCCUGACACGGAAAAAACAGCAAUAGCUAUGGGUAUGGCCCAUGCACUCGAACAUGAUAUACCUUUUACUAUAAUUGCUAGCAGUGAUACAUUGUCGCUAGAAAUGAGCAAGAUAGAAGAUCUGACACAAGUUUUUCGAAAGUCUAUUGGUGUACGUAUUAAAGAAGCAGAAAUAAUUGAGGGUGAAGUUGUUGAAUUACUAUUACAUCGCCUUAAACUUGGGACAAGUGCUAAAGUUGACAAACUCAAACUCAAGAUAAUCGAAAUGCAAGUAGUAUACGAUUUAGGUGAGAAGGUGAUUGAGUCUCUAACAAAGGAAUAA